AUGGCAAAAUAUGUAAUCGGUGUGGACGGUGGUACAGAGAGCUUGCGCGCCGGCGUCUUCGAUGCACAGGGCCGCCCCUUGGCGUUUGCCAGCAGCCCCUACCCCACAUCCUACCCCCACCCCUCCUGGGCGGAGCAGAGCCCCGAGGACUGGUGGACCGCCCUGGGGGCCGCGGUGCGCGCCGCGGUGGCGCAGGCAGGGGUGUCACCCGGUGACGUGGCGGCGAUGAGCGUGGACACCACCUGCUGCACAGUGGUGGCGCUUGACGCUGAGGGCCGCCCCUUGCGGCCCGCACUGCUGUGGAUGGACAUGCGGUCUGCAAGGCAAGCCGCGCAGGUCGCUGCCUGCGGAGCGCCCGAGCUGCGCGUCAAUGGCGGCGGCGGCGGCCCCGUCAGCGCUGAGUGGAUGGUGCCCAAGGCGCUGUGGCUGAAGCAGGAGGAGCCCAACACCUACAUCGCGGCCCACUGGAUCUGCGAGUAUCAGGACUACCUCAACUACCACCUCACGGGGGCCAUGGUGGCGUCAGUGGACAACGUGGCCAUACGCUGGCACGGCAGCGACGGGCCCCCCCUGGAGCUGCUGCGGCGCCUGGGCAUGGAGGAGCUGUCGGGCAAGUGGCCCCAGGAGGUGCUGCAGCUGGGGGCGCGCAUAGGAGGCGGCCUCACCGCCAGGGCCGCGGCGCACCUGGGCCUGCCCGAGGGCCUGCCCGUGGCCCAGGGCGGCGCGGACGCGUUCAUCGGCGUCAUCGGCCUGGGCGUCAUCGCCCCUGGUGACAUGGCCAUGCUGACGGGCUCCAGCCAUCUGCACAUCGGCAUGACAGACCGCCCACUGUCGGGCAAGGGCAUGUUUGGGUCCUACAGGGGGGCGGUGCUGCCAGGGGUGCACGUUGUGGAAGGCGGGCAGACCAGCACGGGCAGCGCGGUCAACUGGCUGCGCCGCGGCCUGAUGGGGGGCGCGGUGGACUACGCCGACCUUAACGCGGAGGCGGAGGCGGUGCCACCCGGCUGUGAGGGGCUGGUGUGCCUCGACCACUUCCAGGGCAACCGCACGCCCCACACCGACCCACUGUCGCGCGGCGCGCUGGUGGGCUUGACGCUGAAGCACACGCGCGGCCACGUGUUCAGGGGCCUGGUGGAGGCGGUGGCCUUUGGGACUGAGGCCGUGCUGGAGGCCAUGAGGGGCGCGGGGUACAGCCCCACGAGCCUGACCAUCGCGGGGGGCGCCACCAAGAGUGAGCUGUGGAUGCAGGUGCACGCUGACGUGUCAAACCUGCCACUGCACCUCACAGAGGUGCCCGACGCGCCGGCACUGGGCUGCGCCAUCCUGGCUGCCGUCGCCGCCGGCCUCCACCCCGACAUCCCCACUGCCGUCAAGGCCAUGGUGCGCGUGUCCCGCACCAUCACCCCGGACCCACAGCGCCAUGCGGUCUACAGGCGGCUCUACCAGGAGCGCUACUCAAAGCUCUACCCGGCCCUCAGGCCACUCUUCCACGCCGGCCACGACCACGCACCCACACCAAACGGCGCCCCUGCAGUCGAGGAGGGCGCCUCGGGACAGUGGGCGGCGGCGGCGGCAGAAGCAGGGGAGGCGGCGCGGCAGGGGCGGCAAGGGGAGGAGGGCGGCGGGCUGCCGCGGGCCAUCGUGUCACCCUCCAUCUUGGCGGCGGACUUUGCGUGCCUGGGGGACGAGGUGGAGCGGGUCCUGGCCGCGGGGGCGGACUGGAUCCACGUGGACAUGUUUGACGGCGGCGCCAUCGCAGGCGGAAACUUCACGAUUGGGCCCCCGGUGGUGGCGGCGCUGCGGAAGCGGGCGCCUGGGGCGUUCUUGGACUGCCACCUCGCGGUGCAGGACCCAGCAAAGUAUGUGGAGGCGGUAGCUGCCGCAGGUGCCAGCUCGUUCACGUUCCAGAUCGAGCCCUUCCUGGACGCACACACUGCCCAGCCAGACGCAGCCAAGCGCUGCGCAGCGGCAGCUGCCGGUGCCGCGGAGCUGGCGGCUGCGAUCCGGGCGCGUGGCAUGCGGGCGGCGGUGGCGGUGGCGCCCGCGACGGGUGUGGAGGUGGUGAUGCCGCUGGCGGACGCCGGGGCUGUCGACAUGGUGCUAUUCAUGACCGUGAACUGCGGCUUUGGGGGCCAGAGCUUCCAGGCCCAGGUGCUGGACAAGGUGGCGGCGGCGCGCCGCGCCCACCCUUCCCUGACCAUCCAGGUCGACGGCGGCAUCAACGCCACAACAGCAGCACUGGCCGCCGCUGCCGGCGCCAACGCGGUCGUGGCGGGAACGGCCGUGUUUCUCGCGCCAGAGGGCGCCGCAGCGGCGAUUGGGGCGAUCCGCGGGGCGCUGCUUGAGCACCUGCCACGCGCCACCGCUGCGGCACACGCUCACGCAACAUUGGCAGCUGUCGAGGGAGCUGGUCCGGCAGCAGUACUCUAG